UAGAAUGAGCAGGCAUUCUAGAUUUCUUGAAGCAGUGUCUCAUUCAAAAGGAUUGUCCUGCAUCUUGGACAAUCAUUUUCUUUGACUUAAACAGUCCCAGAAUGAAAAUGAAAACAUAAAAACUAACACUGGCAGUUACAGAGGAGUGUCGGGAUCUGUGUGAUCUGCCAGUCGUAUACUAGCAGCACGUCCAAUGAAGACCCGUGCUGUAGACAUGUGUUUGUGCUUGGAUGUGUGAGGAAGCAGAUUUAGCAGGGUUGUGCCUAUAGGAGUUCUGCUUCCUGCUGGUUCGACGGUUCUCGGAGACACAAGAGAGAAAUGUAGAAGAUGCAAGCUGCGCCAAAUGGAUCUCUGCCAAGGCUCAUUCUACAGUAUCACUCUCCAUGUGGCCUCAAAGAAACAGCAACUCUUGCAUGAUCUCUAGGAGUCAGUCAUUCACUGGUGUCAGCUCAAAAACCGACAGAACAAGACAUUUAGCAGCCUUCCACACCCCAACGGUUUCUCGAAAGGCUGGUUCUAGAGUACGCAGGAUGUUUUCAGUGUCACACAAGUCACCUCUUCCGAAGGUGCCUCAGCCUGAGAGAGUGGAUGAAGUGUAUGAUGCCCUAAAAAAGGGCCUGGGAGCCUACCUAGAAGUUCACCAGAUGGAAUUGGAUAAACUGACAGGUCAAAUCAGAGAUUCAAAGAGAAAUUCUAGACUGGGCUUUCUGUAUGAUCUGGAUAAGCAAGUGAAGUCCGUUGAGAGGUUUAUCUGCAGGCUAGAAUUUCACACAAGCAAGAUUGAUGAGUUGUAUGAAUCAUACUGUAUUCACCGCAGACUGAGGGAUGGAGCCCAUAACAUGGUAAAAGCUUACAGUGCCUCCCCUGGAAGCAAAGAAGCCCGGGAGUCACUUUCAGAGGCUGGAAAAGGCUACAAGGAAUACACAGAGAAAAUGUGCGUGUUGGAGAAUGACCUAGAAAGCCAGCUUGGAGAAUUUCACAUUAAGAUGAAAGGAUUGGCUGGAUUUGCAAGGCUGUGUGUGGGAGAUCAAUAUGAGAUAUUUAUGAAGUAUGGUCGACAACGCUGGAGGUUGAAGGGACGUAUUGAAGUGAAUGGAAAGCAGGUGUGGGACAGUGAGGAAAUGGUGCUUCUUCCACUCAUCACAGAAUUUCUUUCCAUAAAGGUUUCAGAAGUGAAGAGCCUUGCAAAUCACGUGUUGGUGGGCAGUGUGUCAUGUGAGACUAAGGAUUUAUUUGCUGCUCUCCCUCAAGUGGUAGCAGUGGACAUAAAUGACCUAGGCACAAUCAAGCUCAGUCUGGAAGUCAACUGGAAUCCAUUUGACAAAGAUGAUCAAACAUCUGCUUCCAGCACUGUGAAUAAAUCAACUGUAAACAAGCGGUUAUCCACAUAUAAUCCUAGCCCACCUGACACACCCUCAUUGCGAGAACAAGCUUUCUACAAUAUGAUACGCCGACAGGAUGAGCAUGAAAAUGGUGCUGCAUGGUCCAUCUCAUCAGAAUCGUCUGAUGAUUCUUCUAGUCCCCAGCUAUCUAGCAGUGCCCGCCGUGCCCCAAAAGAAAUUGUUCAACCAGAAGUUCAGGAUUCUCCUCCAGAUAUAGAAAUAGCUUUUUUGCAGCGGGGUGAUCCUUGGAAUAGGACCGGUUGUGCUGCCACACAAGAUGAAGAUGAUUAUGACCAAAAUGUAGCAAAAGAAACAGUUGAGGUGAAGAAAGGAAAUGUGGCCGAUGGCUAUAUGCCAUAUUCCAGGACAUUAAGCCAUAUUAGUGAAGUUAGCUUUGAUGCUGGAGACUCCCACACAUUGGAUGGUCCUGUUAUCACUCGGCCUGACGACACUGUUAAAAUCUCACUAAGCAAUGAAGACGCCGCUGUUAUGCCCAUCACUGGACAACCUCAGUUUGCUCAGGAAUUUAAUUUUACCACACUAAGUACUGAGAUGGAAGCUAAUCUAGUCCAGGAUAGUAUUCAAAUAUUCCUGCCUAUGACUACUGAGAGAUUAAAACUGGAAUCGUCCUCAAGUAGUGAGGCUGUUACUUUGGUUGAUGCAUUCAGUAAAGAUUUAAGGGAUACGCACGUAAGAAGCAUGUCUGUAUCUCCGUUUCCAUGUUUGGAUACUGUUCUUGAAAAGCACGAGAGUUCCAUUACAGACAUAAUAAACGCUGAAGCAGUUAAGACAAAACCUGUUGACAUUGGUCUGAAUGAAGCCUUCAAUUCCUUGAAUGCCUCACUGGAUGACUACAGAGGACAGUUCCCUGAACUGCAAGCUCUUGAUCGUGGAGUCCAACAUUUGGAGAAGAUACUUAUGCUGAGGAAGGGGGUAUUGAGAAGCCGUGUACCAAGUCUUACAGUGGAAAAUGUGCUAGAGAGUUUUGAUUUCCUAAACACUGCAUCUGACAUAGAUGACUCUGAGUGCUCAGAAGAGGAAGGUGCUCGGAACGUGAGGAAUAUGAACAUUGGUCAGUUAGCUGAGGUAACAGACUCAGAAUGUGAAGGUUCAACGCAAGAUAAUACAAUUUGCAGUGAUGUUGAGAGCAACCUGGAAUCUCUGAGCACCGGAAAUGAACAUCUAGAUGAGGCAUUAGUCAUGCAUCUCAAUAACUGUAGUAGGCUGCUACUGAAUUUAGGCAAAUAUGGACCCCUUCGAUGUCGUGAGAUGUAUGCCCUUGAUAAGCUGAUGAGAGAGGCCCAGAAUCUAGAAGUUAUCAGCAGACUGUCAGCGGAAAAAUCAAAAGUUGUGAUUACAGCAGAGGACGUGGUGCAAUUUUCUGUUGAUAAGGAAGGGGUCAUGCCUUUCUGGAAUGAAUGUGUUCAGCCACCAGAUGUCUACAUAAGCCUAGUGGAGACAUUUGUACAUAUUUUGAGUUCACAUUAUGCAGAACAAAUCAACGCGCAACAGGAAGGACUUGCAGACGCAGUUUUCACUCGGUUGGUGGAAGAGAUUUUAGACCGGAAGCUGCCCAAGCAAUUCAGGACUACCUACAGAGAGAGACUGACAAUCUUUCAAUACUGGCAACACUUUGAAACUCUCAGUAUUUCUAGUCUUGAUGCUUACAUUCAGGAACUGGCAUAUGAAGAGCUCUUCAUCCAGAAUGUGAACUCAGAUGACCAAACUGUGGUUCUUAAAGCAUUGAAGAGAGUGUCUGAGAGUAUCAUUCAGAAAAAAGGGUUCAAAACUCUAAGUUUACUACUCACUAAUGGAAGUAUUAGAGUGAUUGCAGCAAUAACUUCUCUUCUUAGAGGCUUCUCGGAACACCAGAAAUUUAGAGAACGGGCCCUUGUGUGUUUCCUGGAGCAGCUCGAAGAUGAAGACACGAAAACAAGGAUUGCAGGCUGUGCUGCAUUGGGCUGUCUAAAGGCCAAAGAGAGCAUAGACCAACUAGUCUUUCUGUGCCAGACAGACAAGGAUGUAAAAGAUGCUGCCAUGCACAGUCUUAUGCUGUUAGGAGAAGAUGGUCAAAUUGCAUGCCGGCAUUUAGAAGAGAACAUGGAAAGCCUGCCUCGAAUGUUUGCACCUGGGGCCAUGGCACGCACAGCCUUUUGAAAAACCCAAAUACUACAUUUGUUUAAUGCCACAGAUAUUACCAGAACUUGUGUUUUAAUAUUUGUGAUAAAGAAUGCAUUUGACAUCUAUAGGAACGUGAUCUGUAUGCAUCAGUAUUAACAUAUUCCCUCACUACAUAGAGCUCUGAUGGCAGAUACUGCCUGACCUGAGGAGACCUUGUCAGUUUGGAUGACCUGUCUCUAAGAGAAAAUGUAACAUAGCUAAAGAGUACUUUGGCAACAGAAAGUGAAUAAAUCGAUAAGCAAAACAAAUGAAACCGUUAUUUGCACCAAGCUUUAGACAAGUGCAAUAUGCAAAAACCCUUCAUGCACCAAUAACCAUUUAUUGCAAGACCUUUAACAAUAUGCAGGACACUGAAAGUAUCUGCCUCAAUUGUAUUUUGUUAAAACUAUUACUUCAUUUAACACAGCCCAGUACACUUUUAUAAGAAAUCCUACCGGGUACACAUGUUAUUGCAAUAUGUAUUUUGUCAUUUUAAUAAAUUACUUUUUAAAUGUCA